AUGGCUUCGUCAUUGGUCGAUGCUUUCAUCUGGUUCAAAGCAUGCUCUCUGGACACCGCAGGACUGAAUCUGAAAUAUGUCUGCUUUGCGGUAGCAGCUGGACCGAUAGGUCCAGUUUUUACAAUAUUGAUGCUUCUCUAUAGCCUCAAUAGCUGUGUUAACCCCUGGAUAUAUCUGGCCUUCAACAGAGAACUACCCAGAUUACUAUUGAGGCACUAUACAGCUUCAACAAAGAACUAUCGAGCUGCAAGGAACGGACAAAGCCAAAGUAUAUCUUCGGGCGACGUUCAAACUACAUCGGUCAGGCCCUUCUCGCGAUGGUCGAGGUGCAACAACGGCAGAUCCGCGAAGUCGUCCACCCGGCUCACCAAUCGCCCCUACGUCACCAAAUACAACGCGCAACGCUGGAUAGUGACGACGGCCACCUGA